AUGUCGGGUUGGAAGAGUCUUAAUGUCGGCGUUAUUGGCGGGGGCAUCGGGGGCAUGUCCGUUGCAGUUGCCUUGCGUCGUGCAGGACACACCGUGACCAUCUACGAAAAGUCGGACUUUGCAGGUGAGGUCGGCGCUUCGGUUUCCUGUGCUGCCAACGGAACCCGCUGGCUACACGAGUGGAACGUUGAUAUCGCCAAGGGUGACCCUGUGGUCCUGAAGAAGCUUAUCAACCGUGACUGGUACACGGGUGAACCCGUCAGUGUGUACGACCUCGACGAUUACGAGGAGCGCUGGGGAUAUGUCUACAACAUGUUCCAUCGCCAGUACAUGCAUGCCAUGCUGAAGGAUUCGGCGCUGGGCGAGGGUGAAGGAGCGCCAGCAACUCUCAAAGUCAACCACCGGUGUCGCGAUAUCGAUCUGAAGACGAGUACGGUCGUCUUUGAGAACGGCGAGGUUGUAAGCCACGAUCUGAUCGUCGGUGCAGAUGGAAUCGGAUCGGCUGUUCGAGGGAUUAUUGGAAUCACACCUGAAAAGCGACCCUCCGACCAGAGCUGCUUGCACACCAACGUCAAAACCGAGGAUGCGGUCAGGCUCGGCUUGGUGAACUACUCCGAGGAUAGCGCACUGGAGUACUGGGGUGGACAGGAAGGCAAAUGGGAUAAGAUUGUUCUGUCACCCUGUAACGGCGGACAGCUUCUGCGUGGGGGGGCCGAAGACCGCCCUGUUGAGGAACUCCUCGCGCCAUACCCGCAACUGGACCGACAAGUGUUUAACCAUCUGAAAAUUGGGACGGAGAUCAAACCAUGGCGUCUCUGGGUCCAUGACCCAUACCCGUAUAUCCAACGCGGUAACACCUGUCUGUUGGGGGAUGCUGCACACCCGAUGAUGCCUCAUCAAAGCCAAGGGGCCUGCAUGGCCAUCGAAGACGCGGCAGCACUUGGACUAUUAUUUGGUAAACGUUAUUUCUCGGGGGAUAUCGCUCAGGCCCUCGCUGUUUACCAGGAGGUACGUCUGCCUCGUGUCACAAGGGUGCAGGCAGCAGCAGCAAAGGCGGCUUACAAUAUCAACGAGCGGAUUGGUUUCUCCGUCAACAAAGAUGUUCCCACAUAUAAAGUCGAAGACACGAAGAAGGUCCUUACCAUCGAGGAAAUGAAUGCCUAUGACAUGCACAAAGACAUUGAAGAGAAACUCGCCGCAAAGCGCGGGGCAACCUAUACCGAUAAGUUCCUGUGCGGCCUCCCCAUCGGACUCGAGCUGCCAAACGGGAUCACGAUCGGCGCAGUCGGCGCAUAA